CUGUCGCUGUCAGCAGGAGCGGGAUGUCGCGGGUGCUGGUGGCCGCCAGCGGGAGCGCGGCCGCUCUCAAACUGCCGGAACUGGUGAAUCGCUUGUUGGAGUUGCGUCAGGUUGAAGUAAAAGUGGUGACCACAGAGCAUGCAAAACACUUCUAUGAGUCCAAAGAUGUUCCUGCUAAAAUAUAUAGCGACUUGGAUGAAUGGGAGAUAUGGAAACAGAGGACAGAUCCUGUUCUACACAUUGAACUGAGGAGGUGGGCAGACCUAUUGGUGAUUGCACCUUUGGAUGCCAAUACUCUGGGGAAAAUAGCUAAUGGAAUCUGUGACAACUUAUUGACCUGUGUUGUUCGAGCCUGGGAUCUGAAAAGGCCAUUGCUGUUCUGCCCAGCUAUGAACACUGCAAUGUGGGAGCAUCCCAUCACAGCCACACAGAUCCAAACAUUAAAAGGCUUUGGUUACAUUGAAGUUCCAUGCAUUGUAAAGAAACUGCUUUGUGGAGAUGAAGGUUACGGGGCAAUGGCAGAGAUAUCAACAAUCGUAGAGAAAGUGCAAGAGUACCUGGAACAAUUACACAGCAACAGCCUUGGAGAGAAACAGUAAAAUGAAAGCCAUAUAGCUCUGAGAAAUCUGCUUUACAGUGACCUUGAAUCCUCUUACUGAAGAAUUGUUGUUCAAUGUGUAGCUCGCACUUCCAAUGAAUGACUGUACCUCUGAUGGUACAGCACUCAUUCAAUACUACACUGGAGUAAUAAAAUUAAUCUAUUUUCUAUCCUUUGACCUUAAUCCCAGAUUGUAUUGACUUGUCUGAAUAUAUCAGCAAAAAUAUAAAGGAUGUAUCUAAAGGCACUCUUAAAGGUAAAAGUGCUAAUUUGUAUAUAUUUUUAAUGAAUUUGAUUUAUUUUAAAUGAUGUGGAAGCAAACUGUAUAAUUAUGACCAUCAAAACUGUAUUUAACUACCUGCAGUUAAUUUGUGCUUAAAGAAUAUAAAACCCUAAUGUACAGUGAAUUCUGAGAAAUUGUGCCGAGAGGGUCUUCCACUGGGACUUGCUCUGAAUUUCUGCUUGUGCUGAAUAAAGAUCUGUA